UCAGUCAGUUUGCUGGUCCUUAUCGAUCAGACGAGCCUGUCAGAGCGGGGGCCUGUUACUGAGGAAGUGCGAUGGAGUCGAUCGCAAACGACCGUCGCGUUUGCGCACACUCUUCACCUCGCGUCACGAUUGGUUGGGCGAGCGGAGUGAUGGCUCCUUCCCAGAGCCGUGGGGUGGUCGUGUCACCCUGUGAUGUGCCGAGCCCGGUGGUCUUUGUGGCCCUGAAGGCGACAGCAGAUACGAAGGGCGCAGAAGUGGGGAGCGGCGAGCGGCCAUCCAGCUCUCUGUUCUCAUCAUCGGGUGGUCAACGAGAGGGCGGCGAAGCGAUGCGACCUACGAGAGGCGGGUCCGGUGGAAAGUCCAGGUCCUGCCCCACGAUUACGGUCCGCUGGAGGGUUUCUGAGGUGGCAAGCACGCGACGGCGGCGGCCAUGUCUCCCCGUCGUGGCAAUCAAUCAGGAUGAAGGUCGAGAAGAGGUCCUGAAGAAUUCCUCUUUGAGGCGGCAGUUUGACGAGUUUGACAGCAGCCGGUCCGGUGCCAUUGGCGAAGAGGAACUGAGGAGAGUUGUGGAGAAGCUGAGGCUUCCCGUCUCUCGGAGGGAGGUGAAGGAGUAUGUGCAGAAGGCGGGCGGUCGUGUGACGCUUGAUCAGUUUGCGGAAUUCGCGACUGGGUUGGCGAAUAGGCUGCAUGCCACAUUCAAGGAGCUGGACAAACGACACACGGGUGUUGUGUCCAAGGAGGAUAUUCUGGAGGCCCUGAAGAGGUUCAAUCUGCCGCCUAGGAAGGUGUAUCGGGAUGAUCGACUGGUGGGCCCCGCUGUGGGCAAGCCUCCGUCCCAGGGGUUUGGGUUCGAAGACAUGCGGGAAUACCUGCUGUGGGCGAGGGAUGCUGAAGAGGUUGUGGGCUCACCGGCACGCGCUSGAGCUGCGAUAGACUUCGGCGGAGAUUUCGACUGCAACUUGCCCCUCGCUCUCGAGAAGCGUGGCGUGAUGCCCAACCUUCGCUUCCCUGAGCUGCAAACCAUGAGAGAUGUGGUCGCCGCCUCUAUCUCCGGCGCAGUCGCUCGAACCGUCGUCGCUCCCCUAGAGAGGAUGAAGAUCAUGCAGAUGGUCGAUCCCAGUCUCGCGAGGCAGGACCCUCGCGUGUUAUUGAACCGCAUCCGCACGGCCGAGGGUGACAGAGGGCUGUUCCGAGGGAACGUCCUCAACGUCCUGCGUCUGUAUCCGGCCAAGGCGGUGGAAGCGCUAGUCUACAGGGCGUUGAUCAAUCGGUUUGACCCAGCUAGGCGAGGCGCAGCAAGUCCGGCUAAGAAACAAGGCAGGUCGGAGGCUGGAGAGGGGCAGAGACAGCCGGGAUUGACGAUGCCUGAUUGGCAGCGAAACGCGAUUGCGACGUUGGCAUCAACGGCCGGAAUCCUUACGUCGUAUCCUAUCGACACACUAAGAGUUGCAGUGCAAGCGCCGAUCCGCGGGUUGGGGGCCGCGGCAGGGGCAGUGACGGACGCAGUUCGGGAUACCGUCGGGGGGGUAGGUGGUAAUGGAGGUCGAGGUGUGGGAGGGGCCGGGGCAGGUGUCAGAGGGGUGGGAGGGAUGGCCAGGGCGGACGGUAGGGGGGCUCGCGACAUCGCGAGAGCAGCCAUGAGGCGCCGAGGCGUUAGAGGGUUCUACGACGGCAUAGCUCCGCAGAUCCUUCGCUCGAUUCCUUACUUUAUCCUCAGCGGGUACGUCUUUUCCGCAGUCGAGCGCUGGUACAAGAAGAGAGAAGGCCGUGCUAAUGCCGAACUUGGGCCCGUGCCGACCGUAUUGAUAGCCACGGCGGCGGCGCUGUGCGCGCAGACUGCGCUCUAUCCUUUGGAGACCGUUCAAAGGAGGAUGCAAUUGCAAGCAACCUUGGGACCCGCCUCAGGGCGGGUGUAUUCCAGCAUGAUGGACGCCUUCAGGGAGAUCACUAGGAGGGAGGGAGUUGGCGCACUGUACUCGGGACUCGCGGUCAACAAUUUGAAGCUCCUUCCAGCGGCCGCCGUCUCUUUUGCAAUCCACAACUCCGCGCGGAAUCUCUGCGACGCGUACUAGAACUCCGUGUUGUCGAGGGGCCUCCUUGGACUCGUAUUGGACACAAAAUGAGGAGGAGGAGGAGGAGGAGGAGGAGCAGGAGCAGGAGGAGGAGGAGAAGGAGGUGGAGGGUGGGCGUAUAAUGAAACUCGUAGAAAGGGUAUUGUUUUCGAGCCGUAUGUUGUACGGAUAGAGAGAUGAACGUGCGUUCUACGGAGAGAAGCAGGGAUUUAUGUGGAUUUCAAAGCAGCUAGGUAGCUACCUGCUUCGAUAAAUGUAGAUUUAGGGGGGAGAGAGGUGAUGAGUGUGGUUGGGGUAUUGGGUAGAGGAGAGGGAGGAGUGGGGAAGGUAAUGCUAUCGAGGGGAAGAGACCUAGCACUUGGUUGGUCAUUCAGCGUCAGAAGACGAUAUUUGUGCAUGAUGAAUCACGAGAGAGAGAGAGAGAGAGAGAGAGAGAGAGAGAGAGAGAAAAGGCAGUGUGUUCUUUGAGGUUGGAGGGGGUGGAAGCGGGGGGAGGUGUUGGGAAGAGGUGAUUAGCAAUCGAAGCAGUGUACUUCGGGAGGAGGAACAACAGACCCUGUGCAGUCCCUAAUUCGGCCUUCAAUCGUUCGUCAACGCAAAUAGAUUCAAUCGUUGGGAAUUCGAGCAGCAGCUCUAGCAGUCGCUGGAAGGUGACGGUGCAGGGAUAUAGAUGGUCCUGUACUAGACUGUGGAUAUUACCUGUCCCACGUGGCGAGACCGGAAGUGGAUCGAGUGGUCACGUGGAUCUCGAUUCCUGAAGUCAAGCAGGCCGUGGUAUCGCUGAGUUCUAUGUAGGCUUAAAACGAAAGAAAUGAAGUCCGUUAUAGUUGAUGUGAGGUCAUUGUUUGACUGGUGUGAUGGUCGUGGAAGUAAUGUUUUUUCUGGCGUGAUGGUCGUGGAAGUAAUGGUUUUUCUGGCGUGAUGAUCGUGGAAGUAUAGCUGAGCUCUAUAUGGGUGAAGAACGAAAAUAAACAAAGUCUGUAAUGGUUUGACUGGUGCGGUGGUCGUGGAAGUUCAGCUGAGCUCUAUAUAGGUUAAAAAUAAAAGAAAGAAAGAAAGCCUGUAAUCGUGAAGGUUAGGUCGUCAGCCGAAGAGCAGAGGGCUCGAGUGAAAUGUGCCUUGUGACGACAGAUGUGGUUACUUCACCGGAUAUUUGGAGCAGUAAACUGAAGCUGGGCUC